AUGCCGCAACAGGAUCGGUUUGAGUACGUCAAAGCGAAAAUAACCGAGCAUUUCGCCGAUAGCGAACAGAGGCGCUUAAAUCGACUUCUUUCCGAGCUUCCACUCGGAGAUAAAAAGCCCUCCGAAUUAUACUUCGAAAUGAAGCGUGUCGCCGGGAGUACACUAGGGGAAGCUGCCUUGAAGGGUCUCUGGACUAAGCGACUCCCAGAAUUCGCCCAACCGGUCGUAGCUGCCUCGUCGGGCACCGCUACGGAAUUUACAAAAAUUGCAGACUCAAUCAUAGACGCAGUUGUUCCACAUCAGGUUAAUGGAGUGGAAUCGAGAGUUACCAACGAAAUAAAUCAACUACACGCAACUGUAGAAGACCUAGGCAAACGACUUGAUAGAUUUUCCGUACUUUCUCGCUGUCGCCAACAGUCUGCCAUAGUCAUCCGAGGUCGGCCAAGCAACAUAAGUCUGGACAGGCUUGAACCAGCAUUUUUAACAAGGUCCGAUAUCGAAGCGUCACCAAACGUAAUCCAGCCGCACCCAGAUGAGCACAACAACAACACAUUGACGAAACCUACAACAAGCGGUACCCAAAAGCCGCACUCAGAUGAGCACAACAACGCAUUGACGAAACCUACAACAAGCGGUACCCAAAAGCCGCACUCAGAUGAGCAAAACAACGCAUCGACGAAACCUACAACAAGCGGUAGCCAAGAGCUGCAAGCAGAUGGGGAAAACCACAAUGCAUCGGCGAAAUUUACGCGUGUAGGUCGCCGAGUAAAAUUCCCCAGUCGUUACAUGUAG